UUGUACAAGAAGGUGUAUGGUGGUGCAAUUUUUGGAACAAAUAGUGCAUCUCAGUGGACUCAGACUCUUUUCAUUCCACCUUUUCCUCCUAACUUUGGGAGGGGUGCUGGGAGGCCAUCAAAAGCCAGAAAGAGGGGUCCUGAAGAGCCCAAGAAGAAGAAGUCAAAGAAUUCAGUUAAGAUGUUCAAGCAAGGCUGGAAAGUUACUUGCAAGAAAUGCGGGCUGACUGGUCAUAAUACGAGGUCAUGUGAUAGAAGAAAAAAGCAAGGUGGCCAAGUUGACAGCAUUCUUCAAAGAAAAAGAGCAAGAUCUUCUAAUAGACAGAAUAAUGCAAACACUAGCCAAUCUAGUACUAGUGUUGACAGACCAACUAUGUUGCCACCAAACACAGAGGAAGGGUCUACAUACUCCAAUGAAGAAUUGCAGUUCAGAGGACCAAAUUGUCCUGAGUACCAAAUUCCCAUAGUACCAUCUAAAGCAGGACCAAGCCCCUUUGAACAACUUCAACAUGCAUUGGGUUAUAAGCAUUCUGGUUGCAAAAGAAACUAG